AUGGAAUACUCGUACCAACGCGACCCCGUGGGAUUAGUGGCCCAGGAGCUGGAGGACGCCGGAGUCAUUUACCGAUCGGAGACCCGAGAGAGCACCCGAACCACCCCAAGCGCACCCCUUGAUCUGGAGACAGGAAGAGAAGUCCAAGACAAGGAAACGGACGAAAAACACCAGCUUUCGGAUCUGGUCGAACCCACCUCGUCCCACAGCUCAGAACACACCCACAGGCACAGCUCCGACAAUGAAGGCAACCACCGCCACGGGGACGAACCACCCCCAACCCACAUUGUUGACAACCACGACAUGUUGUCAACACACUCAUCGUCAGACACUUUUUCUGAUAUCCCGCCUCUGUACCCGGAGGGCGGCCGAAAGGCCUGGACGGUGGUGUUUGGGUCCUUCUGUGGCCUUGUGGUGUCUCUGGGGAUCAUGAACACCAUUGGUUCCGUCAACUCGUACAUUUCCGAAACGUACCUCAAGAACGACAGCGAGCAGAAAAUUGGCUGGAUUUUCGGCAUCUACGCGUUUCUGUCCUUCUUCCUGGGUGUCCAGAUCGGCCCUCUCUUCGACCGGUAUGGCUCCCGGCUGCUCAACAUCUUUGGAGCCUGUCUCAUUGUGCUGGGAACCUUCACAACAGCAGAGUCCACAAACUACUGGCAGUUCAUGCUGUCGUUCGGUAUCUGCACCGGUAUCGGAUGCUCCGUUUUGAUUGUUGUUGGGCCCAGUUGCGUCUCACAUUACUUUAACGAAAAACGAGGCCUGGCCUCGGGCAUCGCCAUCUGUGGAGGAGCGGUAGGAGGAGUGGUUUUCCCCAUUGUCAUGAAAGUCUGCAUCACGGCCUACGGGUUCCCCUGGGCCAUGCGAAUUCUGGGAUUCGUCUAUUUGGGUCUUCUCAUUGUUGCCAUCAUUCUGUGCGACUCUCGAGGACCUGAGAUUGUCGAUAUUGAGGAGAAACUCGAGCUUGCAGCCAACCCUGGAGUCACUCCUUCAGUUCGAACCGCCAAAAAACCCGCCGCUGUCGAUCUUACCGCGUUCAAGGACAUGCGGUUCACUCUGCUGGUCAUUUCCGUCUUUGCCAUGGAGCUGUCUCUGUUUGUGCCCCUCACCUACCUCGGAAAGUAUGGUAUCGAACAGGAGAUUGGAGGCAAGGGGGAAGACUCGUUUGGAUGGUGGAUUUUUGCCAUUUCAAACGCCGGAUCCGCUGCUGGACGUCUAGUGACCGGCUGGACAGGAGAUAAAUGGGGCCGUUUCAACACCAUGUUGGCGUCCAUCUCUUCCACCGCCCUCUUCAUCUUCGCAGUCUGGCUGCCCACCAGCAACAAGUUUGCCGUCUACAUUGUGUUUGCCGUUCUGUGGGGCUUCACUUCGGGCUCUUUCAUCUCCCUGACCCCCGUUUGUAUCGGACAGAUCUCAGACACAAAGUCUUUUGGAACUCGAUACGGCACCUGUUACAUGGUUGCCUCGUUGGGCUCUCUGAUCGGUCCUCCUGUUGCUGGAGCUGUGUACGGAACCGCCAGCUGGACUGGUCUCAUUUGUUUCACCGGAGGAAUGACCAUUUUUUCGUUCCUCUUCCUCACAGCCUCGAGACUCAAGUGUGCUCCUGUCUGGGCAAGAUUCUAA